UUGAUCGGAGCUCAACAGCAAGCUUACCUUUGCCAAUGCAAACACCAUUUAAUCUACUACCUCGCGUCUCGGGUUCAAUUGAUGAGAAUAGUUCUUACAGGGAGAAUGAGCAGCAGAGUUCGCAUAGCGGAGGGACAGUGGAAGGCUUACGACCACUACCUGUACCACCUGUCCCGAGCUCUCCCGUGAACGAUUCACAUUCCAGGCCGAGGUCACAACUGACUUCAGACUCUAUCGGAGUUCCAUCUUCUCCCCCCCCACCAUAUUCUCGGUUUCUGUCUGCAGACCCUUAUGCUUCCGGUUCUCGUUCGUUGUCGAGAACGGCUUCCACUUCUUCGAAUUCAUAUCCGCCACCGGAGGCACCUGUAAUCCUAUCGCCUCCUUCCCCACCUACGGAUUCUGGUGCCGGUAUGCCAUUGCGCGCUCCAUAUGAACCGUUUUUGUGCCACGCUCCACCUCCAGAUACUUGGAUUGCGGUAGAAACUAGGAUUACCGAGUAUUGUCUGCUCGUUAGAUUACCCAGAUUUCGAAGGGAUGGAAUCACACUUUCAACUCGAAGGCGUCGAAUUCUGCAUGUCGUUGCUGAUUCUUGGGAGCCCGGUGGUGGUCACUUUGAGCGUCGUGUCUCUUUCGGCUACGAUGCCGAUCUAGCACAGGUUCGUGCCGAGUUCGAUGGAGAAUUGCUUCGUAUUAUUGUACCUCGUCGUCCGUCCCCAGCUACCUGUUUCGGCCCUCAAGGCUAGUGUUCGUUGCGGGCGUAACGCGUUAAAGCACCCAGGAAUCCUUUCAAGCUUUGGUCCGCUCUAACUGUGGCUGAAAGGCUUCGCUUUUGAACAAGGUUUACUUUCUUCAAGAGGGCAUAUUCUCAUACUGUGCGAUGUCAUCGGUGUUCUAUCCCACUGACUAGCAUCGGAACGUACUCUAAUUUAGGCAUGGCAGCUCAUCUUGGAUAGGCUCUUAUCGGACAUCACAUCACCAUCAUGUAUAUUACCUUGACUCACCGCCCAAUCUCCCACCUGUUUUUCCGCAAUCAAGGCAUCAAACUACACAUUCUCAAUACAUUCGUAUACCAUCGCCAUAUCUUCUCCCCCUUAUUUAUUUGAUAAGUGGAUCUCCUUAUCCGCUACUGCCGCCCCAACAACCCCUGUCAAACAUCGACGUUGUCUAUCACUAUAUAUCCUCCAGUCUCGCUUUUAACAAUUACAUUACUUAUCCCCUGAGUUUUAGUAUCUAUCGGAGGCCUCCAGAUUAUAUUGUGUGCGUGGACGGCUCAGGUGCUUGUCCUCUGCUACUUUUCGCAUCCUGCUUUCCUGCCUCAGCUCUGUUUGCUGUUCUGCUUCAUGUCUUUAACACACUGUUUUAUAAUAUGUGUAAUGAAAGUUAUACUACCAGCUUAGGUCCGGAUUCCGAGUUAGCUUAUGG